UGACAGCACAAUCAAAAGUCCGAAAGAUGAUUCACAAGAUCAUAAUCAGCCUCCACCUGCCCCAACUCCUAAAACAACCAAAGUUACACCUACCCCGACCCCUAAAGUUGUUGGUGAUCCUCCUCGAGCCAAACAGCCCGAUAUGAUUGUCGUUAAUGGAAAGUUUGCCUAUGAGGCCAUGUUUGGAGAAGUAACUGGCGAGGGUAAGAACAAUACUGAAAAGAAUAAUCUAAUCGAUCUAGUUAGGUUAGGAUUAUUUAUGAAGGAUUCGUUAGACCUUAUUUUGCAAAAAACUGAUGUUAAUCAUAUUUUUGAAACAUGGGCAUUAAGAAAGCAAAAAGGAUUUGAAGCUGCAAUGUUAAUUGUCAAAGAUAGUGGAAAAACUAAACGAUCACGAGAUAUCUUUGACAAACAUUUUCAAAAUGUAAAUCGGUGUAUAUAUUAUGGCAGAUUAAAAAAAUCUGUUAACGAUGGCAACAUAUAUCAAGCACUAGCAGAACUAACAGCCAGCGAUCUUAUUGGCAGCGUGAAACUGCCAAGGUCUUUCGAAACGUACUCUAUGUUUUUAAAUGGAUUACGUUCAUUCGAGUUUCUGGCUGAAAAAGUUAAUCGUUUACAACAACGAAGCUACAAGAUCCGAGUACGUUUCGUGGGCACUUGUGUUGUUAAAAAAAAUAGAAAAUAUGUAUCGACAUCAAGAAUGAUAAUUUUAAAACAUGGUGUCGGAACACCAGCAUUUAAAAAGAUUGUCAAAUUUAAAUAA